AUGCUCUUCCUGUCCGCGGAUAGCCCCCUCGGCCUCCAAACCCUAAUCUCCGCCGACGACGCUGAUGCCUCCUCCAAGGGGGGCGGCAACGUGGCCACGCGCACGAUCGCCGCCUCCCCCAGCGCGGUACGUUGCCUCGCUAACGGCUGCGAAGCGGAUGGUGGCCGUGACGGGAAGGAGGAGGAGCGGGGCGGUGGCUGCUGGGUGUCGUACGGGUGGCGGCGCCUACCGCGCCGCCUGCCGCCCGUGAUCCAGUCGCCCUGCCCGCUUGUGCGGGAGCGCACCGCCGACGGCCGCCUCGUGAUCUCGCAGGAGGAGGCCGCGUACCGCGUCUGCGCCAGGAAGGUCGAGGACCGCCGCCUCGUCCUGGAGCUCGUCGACGAGCGCGAUGGCGGCGGGGCGCCCCCGCCUCAGCGGCGGCGGCGGUGGUCGCAUCCGUUGGUCGGGCAGGAAGCCAAGGCGUCUGCAUCAACCGCCGGCGAGGAGUCUGCGCCUGCGGGGUGCCAACUACGUCUCCGGUUGCUGCGGUCCCGGCGGAUAACUGAUCUACCUGGUGAUGGAUGGCACUGUGAUGGACUUGAGAUAUUACUCUGCAUGCGUGGAAGAAAGGACAGAUAA